AUGGCGACCAAAUUCCGGCCCGCUAAUCACCCUGCGGCACCAGAGAGUGAUUACGGCUCAGAUUUCACAGUGGAGGAAGAGAGUAUUGUGAUCCAACUUCUCAAUAGCAUCCAGGACACCGGACUUGAAGGUGCGAGUCAAGUAGGGGAACACAUUGAAUCAAGAUUGCAGCCAGAUCUCGAUGCAGCAAUUGCAGCAGACCUAUUUGUACCGACGCCGUUGAAUGAACUGGAUCGUGAAGAUGUGCCGGUGUCCGUUACCAAUGAUGAGCGCAGCCAGCUUGGCCAGGUCAAAAUACCGGCUGGUCGCGACGCCGCUUUGCCGACCACAGCCACCUCAAGCGCACUCGAUAUCACAUCCUUGCCGAUGGACGGCGUCGAGUACCCGGAUUUGAGUCGCGCUUUGUCCAGUCUAGACCCAAAAGCUUUGAUGGACAUAGGUAAAUCAAGGGCAGAGCAGAAAAGCGCGGCGAAUGACAAAAGAUCUCCAGUUGAGCGCUUUCGAUCUUUCCCAAAGAAACCUCUCACUGUCACCGAUAUAUCUUCUGGGGCAUGGUGUGAGCUUCAGUAUUGGUACACACUGACGCGGCUUCCCGGCGGGAGAAAAACGAGGACAGCCGCAAUGAAAGGCGGUACGAAAGUCCACCAGACAUUGGAAGACCAAAUACACACCACCAUUCAAGUCAAUAUCAGCCUCAAAGAGGAAGCAUUUGCUCUGAGGCUGUGGAAUUUUAUACAAGGCCUACGGACUUUGAGAGAUACAGGACUGACACGCGAACUUGAGGUAUGGGGCUUAGUAGAAGGGCAAGUCAUCAACGGAGUCAUUGACGAGCUCAGUUACACAAGUCCAAAUCUUGGCUUUGAAGAGGAGCUGAGCCAGGGUCAGUCGCCGCAAGGUAGCGCGUCUGACUAUGCCGAAAAGCAAGCGGCCCUUACCGAAUACUUCGACCCUCACCGACGUCGAGUCUAUUUGAGCGACGUUAAAACACGUGGUAGCACAAGACUUCCUACUGGGGCGGCUCUGCGACCAUCACGGGUACAAUUAUUCAUGUACCACCGAUUACUGAGCGAAAUGGCUGCUGGACAGCUUGAUCUGCUUAAAAUUGUUGACCGGUACGGAUUGCAGCCUCAAGUGCGGUUCUCAGAUGCAUUCAUGGCACAAAUCGGCAGUCUUCACGAUGAAGUAUUUGACGAAGUGGAACCGGGAGAAGAUGCGAUCUCCGCACCCUCCAAGCAAACAGGCAGCGGCUAUCCAGAGCCGUCUCCGAAACUCGACGAUGGAACCUCACCGCCACCUGACCUGAUCAAGUAUCGCUCCAUUCAGCAAAUCAUUCCACUGGUAGAGUCGGAGCUACGUGAGACAUUUCCUCAAGGAGCCGAUACCUUGGGCGAUGUCGUGGCUGUCGUGUAUCGACAUAGAGAUGAUGGCCGGAUCAUCGGUAACCAGACGUUCCCGACAGAUCCCGAAGCUUUGAGCAAGUAUCUCAAAUUGGACCUUGCCUGGUGGACCGGCAAGAGGAGUCCGGAUGGCGUGCCAAUUGAGGAAGCAUACAAAUGUGGUAUCUGCGAAUUUGCGGAAAGCUGUGAGUGGAGGACUGAGAAGAGCAACGAGAUAAUGCGGAAAUCAAGGAGGCAAAUGGCCGAGGGCGCUCGCAAGAGUACACAGGGGUGA